AUGGACAAUAGUGGCCAGCACACGGCGACCAAACUCCUAGCGCCUGCUCCAGCCAGAGACAGCCUGUCCGCCCGGAGCAACAUGAUCAGCACUUCCAAGCCGCUCGCCUUCUCCAUCGAGCGCAUCAUGGCCAGGACCCCGGAGCCCAAGGCCAUCCCCGUGCCCCACUUCCUCCAGGGCUCCGGGCCCAAGGGGGACCCCAAGCACGCGCUGCACCUCAACUCCUCCAUCCCCUGCAUGAUCCCCUUCGUGCCGGUGGCCUACGACCCGCUGGCCAAGGCGGCUGGCGGCGGGCCGGAGCCGAGGAAGGCGCACUUGGACUCCUCUUCCCCGGCCUCCUUCAGCUGCGGCGAGCUCUUGAACUGCGCCCUGAGCCUGAAGGGCGACUUCUCCCGCGAGGCGCUGCCCCUGCAGCAGUACAAGCUGGUCCGGCCCCGCGUGGUCAACCACUCCUCCUUCCACGCCAUGGGCGCCCUCUGCUACUUCAACCGCGGCGACGGGCCGUGCCACCCCUCCUCCGGCGUCAACAUCCACCCCGUGGCCUCCUACUUCCUCAGCUCGCCCCUGCAGCCGCCGCCCAAGGCGUACCUGGCUGAGCGCAACAAGCUGGUGCUGCCGGGCGCGGACAAGUACCCCGCGGGGGUCGCCUUCAAGGACCUCUCGCAGGCGCAGCUGCAGCACUACAUGAAGGAAAGCGCCCAGAUCCUCUCGGAAAAGAUCGCCUUCAAGGGCUCGGAGUUCGGGCGCAGCUCGCCCAGCAGCAAGCCCAAAGUCUUCACGUGCGAGGUCUGCGGCAAGGUAUUCAACGCACAUUACAACUUAACCCGCCACAUGCCGGUGCACACGGGGGCCCGGCCCUUUGUCUGCAAAGUUUGCGGCAAGGGCUUCCGCCAGGCCAGCACGCUCUGCCGGCACAAGAUCAUACACACGCAGGAAAAACCUCACAAGUGCAACCAGUGCGGCAAAGCCUUCAACCGCAGCUCCACUUUAAACACGCACACGCGAAUACACGCCGGCUACAAGCCUUUCGUCUGCGAGUUCUGCGGCAAGGGCUUUCAUCAGAAAGGCAAUUACAAGAACCACAAGCUGACCCACAGCGGGGAGAAGCAGUUCAAGUGCAAUAUCUGCAACAAGGCUUUCCACCAGGUGUACAACCUGACCUUCCACAUGCACACCCACAACGACAAGAAGCCCUUCACGUGCCCCACCUGCGGCAAGGGCUUCUGCAGGAACUUUGAUCUCAAGAAGCACGUCCGCAAGCUGCACGACAGCGCCCUGGGACUGCCCAGAGCCCCCGCCGAGCUGGGGCCCGACCAGCCGCCCGCAGCCUUGCAGCCGCCGGGCCCCCUGCUGCAGCCGCCUCUGCACCAGCCCCAGCCGUGAGGGCAGCACGGCCCGGAGCUCCGCCGCCUCUUUGCAUGCACCUGUUAAGCGGUUUUGUGUAUUAUGCUCUAUAUCGCCACUCACGUUUACUGGGCUGAUCGUUUCCUUCUCUUUGUUUUGUUUUGGUUU